AUUAUUAUAGGAUACUGAUAAAAAUAGCAGAGACAGCUAUACAUUAAUUGUUUUAUUCACCAGAGAUUUCAAAUAUGGAAAAAGCGCAUAUUUCAGUUAUUUUUAGUCCUAUAAAAUUUGUGCUCUGUUUAUUACUAUCUGCCACAAAUGAAUUGCCCAUCUAUGUUUCGUUUAUUCUCAGACCCCGAAUAAUACAGCUAGUAUUAACUAUAAUUGUAUUUUGUUACAAUGUAUUUAAAAUAUUUAUUAUUAUGUGUAGACAGAUCAAACAGCAUUCGAUGCUAUUUUCAAGUCUAUGGUUGAAAGAAGAGAAGUGAUGAUUGUUAGAAAAGUUGAUUUAUAUAUCAAUUUGGUGAACAUUGGUGCACUAUUUCCUAGAAAAAUAAAAAAGGAAAAAUUUUUUGUGUAUGUCAGUCUUCCAUAUGAUGAGGAAAAGGACUACACAUAUAAGUUACCAUCAUUAGACUCAAUUAAAUUACGUUUAAAAGAAAAGAUUGCUCUUAAACGUAAAGAUGCAAUAGGACAUAGAUAUAGAUGAUGGGAAUACAUUUGCUAUGCCAGAAAAUAGAUAUGACUUAGAAUUACAAACUAUGUAUGAUUGUAUUGUUCAACCAAUAUUAACAAAAAUUAUUUCAAAGAAAAUCCUAUGUUCAAAAAAAACCAUAAAGCAUCGCAUAAUCCUAAAUGAAUAUAUUAGACCAAAUUUACAAAAUAUUAUAAAUAGAUUUUCCUUUAAAGACGAAUUUUUUGAAAACUUGGCUAAUAACGAUAAUAAUAUGCAAUCAGAUCAUUAUGAAGAAUUUCACGUUUCAAACGAGUUAACAAACACCUCUCAAAGCUUUAUUGAAAAUGAAUUUAAUAAAAUAUUUUCCAUUAAACAAGAAGUUUUUGAUGGAGAUUCGUCGGAAAGUAUUAAUAAUAUACAUUUUGGUUGUGAUGAAGAAUUGAACGUGUCAAACAAGUUAACAAGCCCCCCUCAAAGCUUUAUUGAAAAUGAAUUUAAAAACACAUUUCAAGAAGUUUUUGAUGGUUCCUCAGUUGAAGACAAUAAUACUACAAAAGUUGAUCGGGACGAAGUAUCGGAUGUUUCAAAACAAUGUGUGAUUACACUAUUGACUCCGAUAGAAGAUUUUAAUAAGCUUUUAAAAAAUGGAUUUGAUUCUGCAAUUGGUAUUCCUAAAUUUGUUUUUAACGUUAAAAUAGUGAAAGUUCAAAAAACUGGAUGCCUUACAAAGCAAUUGGAAAAAGAGACAUUAAAUGGUCUCAGUUACCUUUUUCUCAGCCAGCGUUAUCCUUAG